CUAGUAAGUACACCCCAACGAACUCAAACUAACUAAUCCUAUCAUGGACAAUCCAAACUGCCAGAGACGGUCUCCUUCACCGGAUAUCCAAGAAAUGGGGCAUCAUCAGGUAUUGGGUGGUUCUGGGCAUACUACUCCGGCGCCCGUAGGGAAUGAAAGACAGUUGGAUCAAGAUUCCGAUUACACUCCGGCGCCCCUGCAUGUAGGGGAUAUAGAACAGUUGGGUGGUUCUGGGCAUACUACUCCGGCGCCCGUAGGGAAUGAAAGACAGUUGGAUCAAGAUUCCGAUUACACUCCGGCGCCCCUGCAUGUAGGGGAUAAAGGACAGUUGGGUGGUUCUGGGCAUACUACUCCGGCGCCUGUAGGGAAUGAGGGACAGUUGAGUCAAGAUUCCGGUUAUUCUUCGGCGCCCCUGCAUGUAGGGGAUGAAGGACAUUUGGAUCAAGAUUCCGGUUAUUCUCCGGCAGAUAAAAAAGACGAAGGACAACUACAACCAGUGGGUCAAGAUAAUCAUCAGCACUCUCCGGCAAUGGCUCAUCCGUCUCCGACCUGGAGGUGGCCCAGCAGAAGACGGACUGUGAGAGUUCCGGUCAUUCCGGAGUUGCCAUUGCCGCAGUUGCCCAGUUCUCCGCCGACCGGUCCAAACUUGCCAUUGGAGUCGCCGCCGACCGGUCCAAACUUGCCAUUGGAGUCGCCGCCGACCGGUCCAAACUUGCCAUUGGAGUCGCCGCCGACCGGUCCAAACUUGCCAUUGGAGUCGCCGCCGACCGGUCCAAACCUGCCAUUGGAGUCGCCGCCCACCGGUCCAAACUUGCCAUUGGAGUCACCGCCGACCGGUCCAAACUUGCCAUUGGAGUCGCCGCCGACCGGGUCUCCGCCGAACAGUCCGAACUUGCCAUCGGAGUCUCCGCCGUCCGAGUCUCUGCCGACCAGUCCGGAAUGGGCGCCGCCUUCCAGUCCUGAUUCUGCUUCCAGUGUUGAGUUAAUUGAUCCGGGAGCAGGCCCGAGACGGUCCCACAGAAUUGCUCAGAAGCAGGGGCGGGUGUAGGCCCAACUUGUAGAAGGAUUGGGCCAAGUAAAAAGAUUUGGUUAAUGCGGCCCACGAUAUAGAAAAAAAAAAGAAAUGUAGAGAUAUAUAGAUACUACGUACUACGUAUAUAGCUUUAAAUGUGAAAAUUGCUGUACUGAACCUUUAUGUUUUCUUUUUUGCUGAUUUUGAACCAAUUUCAUUUGUCACAACAAGCCCACUAUUUUUUCACUUUUAAGUUUCAACUGAAUCAAACUCAACCUAAUCUUGUAAAGCUAUGACGGACGGAGGUGGAGCUUCUGUUCCAGUAAGUCUAGUUAUAGAAGCCGACAUUGUAUUAAUCCUAGUGAUAUAUACUUGCUUGAUUAUAUAUUGUGAGAGGUUAACAUACGAAGUAAUGUUAAUUGGUGUAUUAAUUUCAUACACUCGUGAAUACGGUUCACUACUUAGAACCUUCAGAGAAUUACAUCUGGUGUGUAAGUGUGUUUGUGUUUGUUAAUCAGAUUUAGUGAAACUAUGAAUAUGUGCUGUGAUGUUUAUGUUAGCUUCAUUUUUGUAUGCUACCUAUUAAUGAUUAUGGUAAAUUUUAUAACCCGUAGAUGAGAUGUAUGUCUCUGUUUUGUACUCUAUUAUUGACAUAUGCACUUACUGAAUAUUACUCUGUAUUUUAUGCUGUUUUUUAUUUUCUUUUGUUUUUUUGUUUGUUUUUUUUGUUUUUAAUUUGUUGCUUUUUGUUGUAUCGUGUUUUUUUGUUGCUUUUUUUGUAACAUGUUUCUUUUUGUUGAUUUUUUUUGUUUGUUUUUGAUUUGUUGAUUUUUGUUGUAUGCUGUUUCUUUUUAUUGGACCAUGUUGAUUCAUGUUGAUCAUUUUCAACUAUUAAUUUUUAUUAUUGCUUAUUUUUAUUAUGAUUCCAUUUGUAGCUAGUAAUUUGGCAUGUGGGUGUGUGUAAGCACACAUAUCUAUAAUGAUAAAGUUGCACCCAGGAUUGUUGUUUAUGCAAAGUACAAGUGGAUUCAUUGCAACAUUUUUUCUUUAAAUGUCCAUUCAUGAAGGAAAUGUCACAGAGGUUUGGUUGGUCAUUGUCUGAGACUUAAAAAGCAUACUUCUACAAUGUUCACUUCAGUCAAAAUGCGGCUUAAACAAUACCAAGGUGCCCAAAAGAUACUGUAUGCAUUGUUUACAUAAUUUGGAAGGCUAGGAAUGAGGUUAUUCUAGCUUACUCGUAAGGUGAUCUGUGUUGAUAGUGUGCUUUUGCAGAUUAAACUCUAGGUUUUCAAGGUGCUGUUUAGACUAUCCCAGGGGCGUAGCUGGGGGUGGGCCAGACCUGGCCCUGGCCCAGCCCAAAUUUUAAAAAUGUCUUUAUUUUUAGUGUAAAAAAUUCCGUGUAAAAAAAUUUUCAAAAAUAUUCUUUGUACCGGCCCAGUCUGGCCCAGUGUCUUGGCUCCGCCCCUGGACUAUCCUACCAUUUUUUUGAUUUUUAUGGUGAUGCCUUUGUUGUUUUCUUAUUUAUCUGGUGUUACCUUGGGAGUUUUGUAUGGUACUCAUCUGCAAAUCGUUGACUAGUGAUUUUCAUUUUGCUUUGGUGAUAGAGGGGGGAGUGAUUGCGGAGUGCAUGAUGCUGUCGUUUUUGUUUGAAAUUUCAGUAAUUCUCUUUUUAUUUUCCAGUAAUUGUCUGUGUAACUAUGUGUUUACUAAAUUAUACUAUAACUAUAAUCACUAGUUAUUUUUUUUAUAUACUUCGUAUAUUGCAGUUUUAUUUUUCAGAUUUGGGCUUUUCUGUUCAUUUCUGGCAUUCCAUUUCUGCAGAUUUUUCUGCAUUUCACAGAUGUUUUGGACUGCUUAUUUGUAUUAAUUUUUCCUAUUGCUUUAAAUAAGAAAAAUUAAAAACAACAUUGACUUUGAUUUCUCUCUCACUAUAAAGACAAUACGUAAGCACCAAACCUUACUGGAAUUGGGAUCCCCAGUCGACCGAAACCUGUUAAUAGGAGGCCAGUCCCAGGCCGUUAUAUUUUUUCCCAGAGAGCAGCACCAAACACGCCCAGAUCCACCCCCAAAUGGUUAGUAAUUAAAACAACAACACAUUUUAAGAAAUAAUCGGUUAAAUAUAGUGAUAUUCCUUUCCUGUCUUGUGUAACAACAAAACAUUGACCUCAUUUUUAGUAUGACAACCUCAACAAAGUGUUCAAUCUGUGCCCGAGCUUGUCACCUGUUUCUUGAUCUCUUCAACCUUCAAAGCCAACUCGUCUCUGCUAUCCUUGGUGGAAGUAAUUGGUCUCGGACUGCUUAUAUGCCUUUUAUGCAGAUAUCUUUGCAGUUUUUAUUGUGCUUUUCAUAGCAGUUUUUUGUGCCUAUUUUAUUAUGUUUUCUCCAUUUGAUUGGCAGGCCACAUCUUCCUAUUUAGACAACAUUUUUGCAUGAUAGACCAUUUUUAAUGCACGAAAUCAGAAUGCUAUUGCUGCAGAUUUGUUGAGUUUUUCGGAGCAAUUUUUCAUGUAGCAAUUAAGGCAGCUUUUUGAGGCAUAUUUUUUCUGUGUAUUUCAUAGCACUUUCUUGCAUAUUUUAAUUGUUUUUCAAUCAGUGAUAUUAACAUAGACUCUGCAUUUAUUGUAGAGAAUUUAUGCAUUAUUGGGCAGUUUUUUCCCCAUUUUCAUUCUAUAAACCUCGCUAGGUGUCAAUAGUAACUACCUAGUUGCUGAGGUAGUUUCAUUUUAACACAAAGGUUUUCUUAUUUUCAUUGGAAAGUGUAGAGGGAUUCUUACUUUAAUUUUUUAACAUAAAAUAUUCUGGUGCAAGUAGAUAUUGCAAAUUUCGUUCAUUUAAUUAUUUUUAUUUUAUUUCCUGUCACUUGUUUGAUUGGAGAGAAAGGAAGGGGAGAUAACUGCAGGAGGUAUGAGUUCCUUAAAAAACAGUAUGUAUUUCAAACCUAUGAAGUUUCUUCAUAAAUGAAGGUUUCUUCUUCAGCUUCGAGGCAGAAGACAAAUCUGUAUUCUCUAGUCAUGUUCAACAAUUAAUUUCUUAAGGGUAAACUUGAUUCAUCAUACAUCACAAGUAAUUUUGAUUUUAGGUUGAUGUACAUCAUAUGAACUGUGUCAUAUACUUAUAUGUGUAACUACUCAUUGAUUUGAUGAUUCUAUUAGCUACUCGUUCAAGUUUAGCAAGAUUCAAUCAUAUAAUUGAACAAUUUAUGUACUAUGAUACUAUUGCUACUUUUUUUUGUAUUUUACUGGCAUGUUGCUGCGGCUGAACUAUGCUUGAAAAAAUCUUUUAUUUUCUCUCUAUGGAUUGUGAGAUCGAAGAGAAUCUAGAUAUGGAGUUUUCAUAGAAUCAUGAUAUACAUGGUACCAUCAUUCUCAAUUUGUAAGGAUUCAUUAUUCACUUAUUUGAUUCAUAUGCAUAUGUAUAUCAUAUGCACUCAAUUCAUAUUAAUUUAUUAUGACAAUAUAAUCUCUCGAAUUGUAUAUGCUGAUAUAAUACAUAAUUUUUUUUUAGACAAUCUUAGCGGGCGGGCAGAGUAAUAAAGAAGGUUGUAUUUACCAUCUAAUUACAACUAAUUGUCUCCUACAACUUUUAUGCUAAAGGAAUUAGAUCUCCAAAGUGACAUAUCCCCAAACUCUGGACAAAUAUAGAUGUUGGGACUAAGAAGUCAGGAAGAAGAAAAUAAAAUCAUUUCUCUACACUAGAGAUGUGUCCGUGCAUGCUAUGGUUUGUGGCUGAACUCGUGAUCAAGAAGACGAAGGCAUGCUCUAUGUCAGCUUAUUUUGCAGGAUGCAAAUGGACGCUUGCGCCUAUCUUGGCAAUCUGGUAAGCAAGGUUUUUCUUACUCAAAAUGGAGUGGGAAAGCGGUGAGCAGCAACACGGUGGUGAACAUAUUUCCGUUGAGCGUUUUCGAUGCUCUGAGUGCAAGGUCGUUUAAGCAGCAGAGGGAUAUCAAUGCGUUGGGGACAGAACUCUAAUGUUAAAUCGAACAAGGAAAUUAGGAAGACCAUGUGGGAAUGGAGACAGCAGCCCCUAAUGCCCUAGCCUUCCCUUCGAUGGAAAUGGGAAAAUGCCAAUUCAAGAAUUAUUAUUUGAAGGUUGGGUUUGGGUGAAUUCAGGUAACACGAGUACAGAGCUACUACUUUAGUAGUGUUUCUGUUGGAUUAUUAUUACUUAAGGUAUAACGGAUCUCUGUCACAUUUUUUAAUGGCAUAGUAGAAAAUAAUCUAACAGCAUGGGCUCAUGGAACAAGUAAAUGUUGCCUCUAUUGUUCUUGGAGUGUCGUCAUGUAACAUGGAGAUGUAAAUGCUAGAAUUAUUAUAAAUUUAAUAACACCAUCUUAUGAUAUGCUUUUAUAUUCGGGAGCAAAACACAUGCUUCCUAGUUUAUGUUUCCUAGUUUAUUUUGUCUUCCAUUAUGGUUUGAUUUGAGGGUUAUUUAAACCCCUACUUAGGGCUGUUCAAAACAGGCAUAUUGGAAUUUUCAGCUAUUAAGUUGGGCAACGGUUUCUUCCGUUGAUUGUUAAUUUUCUGUUUUCAACAUUUAUUGAGUUAUUAAAUGAAAAAUUAGCUUCUUUUUAUGAAUUUUGCUCUUUUAGCAUAUAUGAUUGUACAGUUGAGUGAAGUUACGUGAAUUUUGCAGGCUUUCAUGAUGUGGUUUAUAUCAAAUUAAGCAAAGUUCUGCACAGAAUUCUCUUCAGGUGUUUCAAGAUUUCUGACUAAACAUGGAAGGAGAAAGAAGCUUAGGACAACAAUGUAAUUACUCGCAGUUAGUAUUUUGUUAGUACGGAGUAUAAGCUAAUGAGCUAUUCCGAUGGUAAGAAAAUGUGUUGGUGUUGGUCUAUACCGAUGACACGUAUACCAACACAUAAAUUUAAGUCGGAAUUGCAUACGUAGUAUAUUUUUGUUGGUAUAGCUAAAUGAUGUCUAUACCAACAUUUAAAAUAUAUUUUAUUAAUAAAAUGAAGAAAAAAUUAUACUAUGCUCUUUCUUUAAUUCUUGCAAAAAUUUGACUUUCACGUUUGUCAAUGCACAACUUUGACUGUAAUCAUAUUUAAUUAUGUACUCCGUAUUAGUAAACAUUAU